GAGAGGGAUGGACCAUGAGUCAUAGAAAAAAGAAUGGUUCGUAUAUGAAUGAAGAUGCGCGUCUGGUUGGGGAAGCAAUUGAACACAUUGAGAGCCAAGACCCCUCCAGCAAGGAAUUUUCACAUAAUGAUUCCCUUGCACAAGUGCUUGGAAAGGAGCACCCAGGAAGAGUUCGUGGACUUGGUUUUGGUCCAUGUCCCAGUCAAUGUUUUCGUAACAUUCCACAGCAGUCUAACUACGGUGUACAAAUUGAGGAGUAUCAGAUGGAGAUUGCAAAACUUAAGGCGGAGGCAGCAAAACUUAAGGCGGAGUCAGCAGAACUCAAGGCAGCAGCAGAGGAAAAGGCAAAGAGACAGAGAAUGGAGGCAGAGGGAAGGCAAAAAUGCAGAGUAUGGGAAAUUUGUUAAGCUACAUAAUUCAGCAACAAGGAGGUAGUUUGCCACCUGAAAUAGCUGCAGAUUUGGAUUCUUUGAGAAGUGCACCAACCUCAUCCCAUGCAAUAUGAUGUGCGGGCAGCUAAUUAUUUGAAUUAUGAAUGUUGGAAUCUAAAUACUCUUUUAAUUUUUCACUGUCAUAAUGACUUUUGAGAUAUUUAUUUUUAGUUGUUCAUUUUGGUAACUUUAUCUGUAGUUUACAGUCAUCGAUGCACUAAAUUCAAAUAAUUAUUAUAAUGAUUCACUUUUGCAUA